UACAGAUGAUGUAUCACGGCUGGGCUGUAGUUGCAUGCUGAUGUACUAGCAUCUCAGAGACCGUGAUGCCUUCUGCUGUCCGAGGUGAAUGGACGGUCGACCUCGAGCCUGGCCGAGAUGCCUAUAUCUUGCCACCUACAGGUUUCCAUCCGCUCUGUACCAUUUUUCUAACCCUCACUGCGCCCAGAACCCCAUGUUUCACCUGGAUCAGCUGAAUGAUACGCUGGGAUGUAUGUUCAUUGGAAUAUCAUUGGCUCUAGUUUUGUACGGUUUGUCCAUGGCGCAGACGCAGUUUUAUUUCCAUAGAUAUACUUCCGACCGUCUAUCGCUCAAGGCUCUGGUGGCCUUUCUAUGGCUACUUGACACGGCGAGAACGUCCUGCGGCUUGCAUUUUCUCUGGGUCUGCGUAGUCGAGAACCAUGCAAACACUGGCAUGAGGGGUAUGCUACGAUUCACAGUCACAUUCAUUUCUGACGCUUUUUUGGGGACCUUGACAAUCGCGAUCACACAGCUGUACUAUAUACACACCAUUUGGCACCUUAUGUCAAUGGCCCAGGGUCAUAGACGGUGCCGUCUCAUUCUGAUAACAAUAAUGGUGUUACUCGUCCUACUGUCCUUUUGUAGCGGUGUGGUAUCUGUUUAUGGGUGCUGGCUCCGGCGUGGAAUCGCUGCGAGUAUGGUCGAUGUCAAAGUCACUUCGUCAAUGCAGACUAUCACCGCGUUUAUCACAGACGCGUAUUUGGCCAUUGCCCUGUCAAUCAUUUUUCAUCGCCAGCGGACAGGUUGUACAAGAUCAGGGUCAGACUUGUUAAUUAGGCGACUCAUGACAUUCGCACUGCAGCGGGGGAUCGUGACAGUGUAUGUUCUCCAUUAUAUGAAUAAGUUUCUAGAGUUCGUCACGUACGCUGCCACACUCCAUUCAGGCAGUAGUAAGCUCAUUUGGACUCUCUUUUACUUUCCGGCGAGCAAAGUCUACACCAACUCUCUGCUCGCAAUGCUGAAUCUCCGCCACUGGCUUCGAGGAACUUCGAUUGUCGACUACGUCGAACUCGGUAUCGCCGGUGCAUUUGAAGAUAACAGCUUGAGCCCCAAAAGCUCUCAUCUGUUAGCAGUCCCAGGAGCCCAGCCCGUCGUGGCAAGAGGAGCAGUUUCUGCCUCCAUGAGUUGGCAUCCUGAUCAUGAGGGUCUAGGAAAGGGGUCGAGUACUAAAGAUUCCCGUUGAGAUGUGAAGAUGCAACGAUGACCAU